UUUUGAUGAAUACUCCCUUUAGUUAUCUACUUCGUCUCCAACUCCCACAAAAUUCCAAAUUAAUUUCAGAGUUUUAGCAUUGUUGGCUCGCUUCUACGCCUUCCUUCUCUUUAUUUUCUCUUCUCCAGCUAUCGGAGCUCUGUCGAACCAGUUGCCUGAUCGGGUUUCGUGAUCGCGAUAAUUUAAAAGAUUGAGCUUGGCAAUGGUAUCAAAGAAGAAGGUAGUAGAGUAUAUUCCUGAAGAGUUGCAGAGAGAAAUUCUUGCACAAUUGCCAAUGAAAUCACUCAUCAGAUUCAUCUCUGCUUCUAAGUCAAUGUACGCUUUAAUCACCGAUCCUUCGUUCAUAACGCUCCACCUCAGGAAAACGAGAAACCAACACCAACUCUUCGGUAAAAUCCAUAGAUCGCCUUUUUAUAAUAUUAACAUUAAUUCUUGUAACGGGGCGAUUAUUUCGUUAGCUCAAUGUUACGGAUCUUAUCAUGGGGAAGUUGGAUUUCCUCAUAAUUUUGGUGGUUUUGUUCUCUCCAAAUCGAAUAGUGAAUCGAGUAUAACUAUUCCUAGGCCGAAGUUUACUUCCCUCGGAUCUUUUGUAGAGUUUAUUGGUUUCGGGUUUGAUUCUAUGACUAAUGACUAUAAAUUGGUGAGGUUUACAAUUCAAUUGGCUAAUAGGAUUAGCAAUGAUGUAGUUCAGCCAUUCAUUCAAGUGUGCUCCGUGAGAAAAAUGUGUUGGAAAACAGUUAUCUAUGAUCCAAGCUAUCUCGUCUGUUGCCAGUCGCGACUUCCUUUUGUGAAUGGAGCUUGUCAUUGGAUUGCUUGUUCUCAUCGUGUUCGGAAUGUGAUUCUGUGUUUAAGUUUUAAGGACGAAUUAAUUCGAGAAAUGGCAAUGCCAGAUUGCUUGGUGGGUGAAUCAUCUUUCAAUUUAAGUCUUUCUGUGCUUAACGAAUCGCUUUCCUUGGUUCUGUUUAAGAAAGGAUUAGCAAAAAAGCAAUGUUCGAUUUGGGUGAUGAAAAAGUAUGGUAUCGCGGAAUCUUGGACUAAACUUUACAAUAUCGAAAAUUUGGAUGGUUUGGUAGAAAGGUUUGUUACGGUUGGAAUGAAUGGUGAAAUUUUGUUUGCAACGAAAGGUGGGGAGAUCGGUGCUUAUGAUGAAUCAACAACCGAAAUCAAGAAAACUGAAAUCCAAGGUGAUAGAUUCUGCUGUUAUUUCGAUAGGCCAUUAGAGAGUCUCGUUUGGCUACGAAAUGAAAAUGAAGUAAAUAAUGUUACUCAGAAGCGCGUCUUAUCUGCGCAGAUUGCGGAAACUGAUAGCAGCAAAGUUUAUCGACAUCAGAUUAAAUUUCCUUUACUUGUCAGGUCGGUCAAGAGUCGAGACAUUUGUUUUUAUUGCUAAUUGUACUAUCUUUUUUUCUGCUUUGCGAUUAUUGAAUUUUGAAUUGGCAAAUAGACAUCUUAGAAUUGGUGCUAUUAGGAUUAAGAACAAUGUCUCAUUUUAUUUUUAAAAACGUCCAUUAGAAAUAAAUUUCAGUUCCAUGUAUAAAUGGCAGUGUUUGUUUUGAUCAUUGUUCAGAAAA